CGUUUCCAUCCUCGCUAUCAGUAGUUCGGCAACUCGCGCCGGAAUCAACGAGAGUCCCCAUUGCCAACGAAACCAAGGACUCGACCCCUCAUGACAAUCCCCAACCUCACCCGGAACGUCUUCUGAUAAGGCUAGUUGCUGGGACUAAAUGAAUACAUGGGUAUACCUCCCUGGCACCUGCAGGGCAUGGUGCGAUAAGAACGGUCAAUAAAAUGGCACAUGACAGCCAUGUUGCACAGGCCCAGGGCCUUGGAUCAAACCUGUCAGACGAGGAAACACCGCUGUUCACCGAAGCAGCCAUGGCAUCCGAUCGUGCACGAGAUGACACAAAGCCCGGUGCAAGCGAUGCGGUGAUUGCCGAAGCGAUUCAUCAGGAACAUGAGCUGUCCUUCGUCGAAGCUGUCAAGCUAUACCCGACAGCUGUAGGAUGGUCUAUGUUCGUGUCUCUUGGUGUAAUCAUGCUGGCGUUCGAUCCGCAACUCCUUGGUAACCUGUACGCAACUCCUCAGUUCCAACGUGAUUUUGGCUACGAGUAUGAGGGAGAGUAUAUUAUCAGUGCACCAUGGCAGACAGGCUUGUCAAUGGGAAACCCGAUUGGCCAGGUGGUGGGCGCAUUGGUGUCGGCCUAUCCUAUGGACAAGUUUGGCCGCAAGUACACGUUUGCAGCCUGUGUCAUUCUUACAGCAGGGCUGGUCUUCAUCCAAUUCUUCGCUCGCUCUCUUCCUGUGCUUCUCGUCGGAGAGCUCAUUGGCGGACUCGUACUCGGUUGCUAUGUGGUCAUUGCGCCGGCAUAUGCAUCAGAAGUGUGUCCAUUAGCACUGAGAGGACAUCUAACCAGCUAUACCAACUUGUGUUUCGUCAUGGGUCAAUUACUUGCCAACGGAGUAACAGCUGGCACGUCCAAGCUUUCAGACCAUUGGGCAUAUAGCAUACCAUUCGCGCUUCAAUGGUUCUGGGUGCUGAUAAUCCUGCCGGGCAUGUUCUUUGUACCAGAAAGUCCAUGGUGGUUAGUGGGGAAAGGCAGAAUGCAGGAGGCCGAGAACUCUCUGAGGCGCCUAUCGUCUGAGUCUGUCAAUGUCACCGCAACACUCGCAGUUAUUGCUGAGACGGAUCGACUGGAGCGAGAAAUGGAGGCGGGUAGCACGUAUCUCGAUUGCUUUAAAUCGGCAAACUGGAGGCGAACGGAAAUAUCCAUUGGCGUCUACUGCACCCAGGUUUUGAGCGGCAUCUACCUGAUUAACUAUGGAACAUAUUUCUUCCAGCAGGCAGGCUUGGCCACCGAAGACUCGUUUUAUAUGAGCAUUGGUUUUCUAGCGGUCGGAUUUGUUGGUACAAUCGGCUCAUGGUUCCUGAUGCUGAGAUUUGGCCGUCGGCCGAUCUACGUGCAAGGACUUGGCAUUUUGAUUGUCCUGCAGUUGCUCAUCGGUAUCCUUGACUGUGUACCUGGCAGACCAUCGGGCGUGGCAUGGGCUGAAUCCGCGCUGAUGCUCAUCUGGAAUUUCGCAUAUGACUUGUCCAUCGGCCCAGUCUGCUUCACAUUGCUCGGCGAGUGCUCAGCAGCGCGAGUCAGGUCAAAGACGAUUGCCGUGGCUACAGCCGCUCAAGGAGUGAUAGGAAUCAUAAUGACGGUGGCUAUUCCGUAUAUGAUCAAUCCUGACCAGGCCAACAUGCAAGGAAAGCUCGGGUUCUUCUUCGGCGGUCUAGCUGCUAUAUGUUACGCAUGGGCAUUCUUCCGUGUUCCAGAGACUCGUGGCCGAACUUACGAAGAACUCGACUUGCUCUUCAGCAAGAAUAUUCCGGCAAGAAAGUUCAAGAACUACAGAAUCGACGGCAUUUCCACUGGGGACACUUACUGAAAAUGCAAUAAAUGAAAUUAUUAUGGCAACGAAUGUUUCAGAGAGGCUAGGGGUAUGGAUUGAGUCUCCAAGACUCGGGAUGCUUUCUCAAACCUGCUCACCCAUUCCAAGUCAAAACUUUGUUGUUCCACCAAGAAGUAACACAGCCACUCUUUCAUCCGUGCACCACGACCAG